GCCCGCGUUCCAACCACUUCUCUCGCCCCCCUCGCUGCUCUCGGGGUCGGUCGGCUGCUUUCUCGCCCGUUCUUUAACGACGUAGCAGCAUUUCUCGGUCGUCCUCAUACAGGUGGCAGCCGGCCCAGGAAACGGCCAUGGCAACGGGUUGUCGGCUGGGGUCCCAGCGCGGCGUUAUCAUCAGAACGACCCUGACCUCCUCUCCAGUUCUUUGAACCCUGGAAACUUGCAAGCAUGGCUGGACUGACGUGGAGUGAUCAAGAAACUUACGAACUCAUUCGGAUUUGGGCAGCGGAUCGUGAUCUCUUGGAUGGCACUUCACGGAACAACAAGGUGUACGAGAGCAUGGCUGCGCAGAUGCGUUCUCUAGGAUACAUGCGCACCGCUCUCCAGGUGAAAGAGAAGAUGAAACGUCUGCGAAAGGAAUACAAGUACGGGAAGCGGAGCAAGAAGAUCGCCACGUAUCAUGACGCUCUAGCAACUGUGCUUAGCGGGGGCGGGGGGAGGGCCCUAUUGGCAAUUAAAAACGAAGUCGACGAAAGCAUGGGAUCGGAGGAAUAUGCUGGAACAGAUACAGAGGCCAGCUAUCUAGACGAAGGUGGUCUACAAUCUACGCCAGGGCAUCACGGUUCUACCACAGGGUCCGUUCAUGGAGAUGGCAGUAGCGAUGACCGUACGAGUGGUGGAAUGUUCUCCUCUUUUCGUACGGCCGUCGUGGGAGGUGCUCUGGAGUACACAGGCCGGCCUGCAACCGGGAGUCCCCUCGAGUGUGCCUCAGCUCCGUCCUUACACCGAGGAGGGUUCCAACCGGCUUUCGCCGACAAUUUUCCUACCAUUACCACUACUACGGUGGAGCCUGAAAAUGCAUCCCGCUGCCGAGUUCCCCUGAAACGUAAGCUGUCCUCAGCGCUUCCUUUGUCGGCUGAAGGAUGUCCAGGUAGCAUGGCCAGCACAAUGACUGACCUUAUCACUCGUGGUAUCGACAAGUUUGUAGAACUUGAACACAAACGCAUGCGUAUGGAGCUGGAAAUGCUUGAAAGGCUGCGGCUGGAGGAACUGGAACGUCUGGAACGCAUGCGCAGGGAAGAAAUGGACCAUGAGCUUCGUCUUAUGACACUUUUGGCCUCCAUUGGAGGCAACAAUGUGGGCAAUGUUGCAAGCACAAACAAUGUGAACAGUGUGCACAGCAGUGGCUCUCCAUCUGAAGCCUCGUGACAAGUCCUAGUUAUCUUUCUUUUCUAGAUGGCCUCCUUGACUACAGCUAUCAACAGGAAAGCAUUCCAGAAAACAUAUCGAAGACUGCCAGCAGUCUACCUUGUGUCAAACUGUAUGUGGUUCACUGAAUCUGGAUGUUUUAUUUCAUGUAUUGAGACGUUCCAGUUGUCACACCAGUUGCGCAAACAGUAGAAUCACGUUCAAGUUGGUAGGAGUGCAAGAAAAGCAGGCCCAAAGCUGCAGCACAGUUUGACAGAAACCAACAUAGCCAGGAUGUUUUUUUUAUUUGGUACAGAAUUUUUAUUUAGCGCAAAAUAGAUGCUGUUUUAGCAGGAGGGUUAUACAGCCAGGCAGACAUCCUGUUGGACAAUGUAUCCAACUGCUGGACGACUAAUUGGCUAAAAUUCAUUAAUUAACUCAUUAAUUAGAUGUUUUCUGGGAAAUGCGAGAUAGCUGAAUUGGAAUCAGUCAUUAUUCGAAUUCACCGUCUUAUUGAACACCGUGAGAAGCGGGAUACUUGGAUGUAUAAAUUGCCAAAUUUCGCUAUGCAAAUGAGCCGAAACCAGAACUAUGGAGUACCCAAGCAUAGAAAGAGCCACGGGCAAUCCCAGUGAGAGGGCACUGGCUUUGGAGCAAAUUGGAGUAAGCACUAAUCAGAGACCGAUCUCCAGCCCAGAUAAGGCGAAAGCUGUGUCGUUGCUGCACUGGAAAAACACUUAGUUCUAGUUUCGGCUCAUUCGCACAGCGAAAUUUGACAUUUUAUAUCUCGGAGUACAUUUGCUUCACAGGGCGUUUAAUAAGGGUGGUGGAUUUGAAUAAUGACUGGCUCCAUGAUAGGCAAGCCUCCACCAGCUAGUCUGCAUUUACGCCAUUCUGUCAAUGACUGGCUCCAAUUCUGCCAUCUCGCAUUUCCCAGAAAACAUUUAAUGAAUAAGUUAAUCAAUGAAUUUUAGCUAAGUUAUCAUCCAGUAGCUGCAAACACUGUCCUACAGUAUGUUCGCCUGGCCGUAUAACCCAUCUGCUAAAACAUCUAUUUUGCUCUGCUAGUUUUUAAAUAGAAAUUCUGUAACGAAUAACAAAAGCGCUCUGUAUACACCUACCUCCUAGCUUAAAGACAAAGCUAGAAAUAUACUGGAACAGAGUGACACAAGUAAGCAUUUCUUUCUGGAAAAAGACAGACAUCUGGUUUUUGCUGGCUGCCAAGCCCUACUGCCAAAAGCACUUUCAAAGAUGUUUGGGUCAGGAUAUUCAUUGUGUGCCUUCAUGUAAUUCAAAGAAAACUGAUUACAUAUGCACUGAAAUGCACGAUUGGCAAGAAAUGUAAAUGUUGGCAAGAAACGUAAAUGCUCUGCUGUUAUAGUGGUGCCAGGCACAUCUAGUAUCGUCUGCAUAGUGUGUCGCUAGCAUGCUCUUCUGCAAUAUUUCUACACUUGGUAAGGGUAGUGUGUCCAGACUUCCACGAACCUACUACAUCACAAAAAGUAUGACAAGCUACUAUGUCUUAAACGAGCAAUGAGGCGACAUUUAACGUAGCUCAAUAGGAUGAGUAAUAAUGUUGGAAUAGUACUAAUUUCAGCAUCUGUAGAGGCUUCUGUCAAAUGAAACAGUAUACAACUGCGUCAUGUCAAUUGUUCAGUCACUUUAAAGCCCUUUCUUGGGAUAAGAAAAUCUAGGUGAGACCAAGAUCAGUAGCAACAAUCUGUACUUUGUACUGGCUGCCUUUGUACAAGUUGCUUUCUUGCAAAGAUGCAUGGAACACAUCUUUACUUCAUCAAGCUACUGCCAUUGAGCUCAUGGAGUUGUCGCUUGUGUGCUAUAAUCCUUGGCUGGGCGAUACGUGAAAUCUUGAAUAUUUACUAAUUCCAGUCAUACAUUCCACACAUGUUAGUACGAUGAAACCAUUUUAAUGCAAACAUACUUUUGAUGUGCCUAAAUAUUGCUAUAAUAAUGGUCUCGAGGCAUGCCUUUGAAGCUGUGAGUCCUACAAUCAAGUACAUAUCACUGUUGAUUGUGUGUGAUUUUUUUCCCAUGUCAUGCACCAUUAACUGUAAAUAGGUCUUCCAUAUACUUUUAUUAUUGUUACAGAGUGCAAUAUAGUGGUUAAUUUUGUCCUAGAGGGGCCUUCACUGUAAACAAAUAUCUAAUAAUCAAUGCAUCAACUUUACUUCAUCACCGCGUGAACAACUGCUGUCGGGCCACGAAGAACAAAAUGUGUCUAGUAGUAUAUUUAUGGCAGCAAAACUAUGCACAUCCCAGAAUAUCUUUUCUGGCAUACAUUAUGUUGCUGUGUACAGUGCUGUGUGUAAAGAUGUUGUAAAUUAACAGCCACUUUGUUCAUUUAUGCCCUACAUUGAAUAGUUUUCAUAAAAUAGCAUUCCAUAUCCUGCGAUAUACUGUUUAGCCAUGUCAUGUCAGUAUUCACUGCAAAAUAAGUUUUACAUGAGAGAGUGCUUCACUGAAAGUUUUUGUUCUAGCUUUAUUUGCUGAAAAGUCUCCGUUUUAGCCACAUAUAUUUUGAAAUAUUGGGAGAAUAUUUUAGUGGACUGUGUGUGUGGUUACUUUCAGGCUUUCUCUUGCUCUUGACUGGAAGACUAAAGCGAGUGCUGAAAGCUAUGCUUGAGAGUCCAUGGACAAAUAGGUGCUUAUAAUGGAAUUCUCAUGCUUCAUGUACAAAUGGAAGCACUUCUGUAAAACAAAUAGUAUAAUAAGAUACAAGACAAUCCCAGGAACUUGUUUCACGAAAGGAGAAAAAAAGAAAGUCUCAUAGAUCUGGUGGCCGUGUUCUGAGAAGAUGCAAUAUUUCUAACAGAGACUUUCCCACGUUCACUGGUCUCUACAGUGCCUAGUGACACCUGCGCUCCUUGCUUAUAAUGUACUUACCUGAGACAUUUUGAGAAGCCUUCCUCACUUAUAUACCUGUUUGUGUGCAAAUGGGUAAAUCCACCUCCAUAUCUUUAUACCCCAUCGCGUGGCUCUUAUCAUUGGACAUUUACUGAGAAAGGAGAGGGUCAUCACAACAAAGAGAUACUAAAGUGCCUCUUGCAUAUUUUAUUUAUUUUUGAUAGACAUAAGACGUAUUAUAGUCUGUGCAUGAGCACAUGGGUGAAAGUGCCUUAGGUGAGAUACGAACAAAAUGUUGUGUACAACACUACUGUAGUGUUACUUUACUGCCGCAUUAAACUUUUAUUCUAAAUACUGC